AUGCUGUCCCCUCAGAGGGCUUUACUCUGCAAUCUCAACCACAUCCACCUCCAGCAUGUCUCCCUGGGCCUGCACCUGUCCCGCCGCCCUGAGCUCCGGGAGGGGCCCUUGAGCACAUCCCCUCCCCCCGGGGACACCGGGGGCAAGGAGAGCCGGGGGCCCUGCAGCGGGGCCCUGGUGGACGCCAAUUCCAACAGCCCAGCUGUGCCCUGCCGAUGCUGCCAGGAGCACGGGCCAGGCUUAGAAAACCGGCAGGACCUAGCACAGGAGGAAGAGGGGGCCGCCUCUCCCUCGGACCCGGGCUGCUCCUCUUCUCUCAGCUCCUGCUCCGAUCUUAGUCCCGAUGAGUCCCCCAUCUCGGUGUACUCGCGGGGCCUCCCUGGCGACGAGGAUGUCCACCCUCAGCCCAGCAUCAUCCCCCUGGAGCAGGGAUCCCCACUGGCUUCCGCAGGCCCUGGCGCCUGCUCUCCGGACAGCUUCUGUUGCUCGCCCGAUUCCUGCUCCGGAGCAUCCUCCCCACCGGGCCUUGGCCUGGACUCCAACUGCAACGCCCUGACCACCUGCCAGGACCCCGCUUCCCCAGGGCUAGAGGAAGAGGACGACGGUGGGGAGCAGGACCUCCCUGCCUCCGAGCUCCCAGAGGCGGAUGAUGGGAAAGCCGACGCUGGGAGAACGGAGCCCAGUUGGAAAAUCAACCCCAUUUGGAAAAUCGACAGGGAGACAACUGACGCGGGCUGGAAAACCACGGAGAACAAUAACUCCGGCUGCACAAUCGGUGGGAAUACUAACUCUAGCUGGAAAACGGAACCUGGAAAACUCGACUCCAGUUGGAAAAGCAACACAGGAAUAACUGACUGCAGCUCGAAAACAGAUGCGGGGAAAACUGAUGCGGGGUGGCGGAGUGACGUCAGCGAGGAGCCGGCGUCCCACCGGACAAUCACGUCCUUCCACGAGCUGGCCCAGAAGCGCAAGCGGGGCCCGGGGCUGCCCCUGGUGCCGCAGGUCAAGAAAGACCGCAGCGACUGGCUCAUCGUCUUCUCGCCCGACAGCGAGCUGCCCCCCAGCGGCUCGCUGGGCGGCUCCCCGGCACCGCCCCGGGAAGUCACCACCUUCAAGGAGCUCCGCUCCCGGAGCCGGGCCCCGCCCCCGCCGGUGCCGCCCCGGGACCCUCCGGCCGUCUGGGCCUUGGUGCCGCCCCGGCCCCCGCCCCCGCCCGUGCCGCCGCGGAGAAGGAAGAACCGGCCGGGUCUGCAGCCCAUCGCAGAGCGGCCGCCCGAGGAGGGCAGGGCGGGCAGCCCCGCGGCGGGCCAGGAGGCCCCCGCCGCCCGGGAGCCCGAGGAGUCGGGCGCGCAGGCCGGCCGUGCGGCCCGGAAUUCCUGGUCGUUCGCCGGCGCCCCCGGGGCCCAGCGACGGUGGAUGGCAGAAGCCCAGAGCGGGACUGGCCAGCUGCAGGAGCAGAAGAAAGGGCUCCUGAUAGCCGUGAGCGCCUCCGUGGAUAAGAUCAUCUCGCACUUUGGGGCCGCCCGGAACUUGGUUCAGAAGGCCCAGUUGGGGGAUAGCCGGCUGAGCCCAGAUGUGGGGCACCUGGUGCUGACCACCCUCUGUCCGGCCCUGCACGCCCUGGUGGCCGACGGGCUGAAGCCCUUCCGGAAGGAUCUCAUCACUGGGCAGCGCAGGACCAGCCCCUGGAGCGUGGUGGAGGCGUCGGUGAAGCCAGGCGCCAGCAGCCGCGCGCUGGGGACCCUGUACAGCCAGGUCAGCCGCCUGGCCCCGCUGAGCAGCAGCCGCAGCCGCUUUCACGCCUUCAUCCUGGGCCUCCUCAACACGAAGCAGUUGGAGCUGUGGUUUUCCAGCCUCCAGGAGGAUGCAGGCCUGCUGUCCCUCUUGUACCUGCCCACGGGAUUCCUGUCCUUGGCUCGGGGUGGCUGCCCGGCCCUGUCCGCGGAGCUGUUGCUCCUGCUGCAGCCGCUCUCGGUGCUCACCUUCCACCUGGACCUGCUCUUUGAGCACCACCACCACCUGCCCCUGGGACCGUCCCCCGCCGCUUCGGCCCCGGGCUCGCCCCCCGCCCUGCGGCAGACGGUGCACGCCGUGCUGCACUGGGGGGGGCGGCUGGCCCAGAGCCUUCGGGGGGCUUCCGGGGAGACCCCUCCGGGCCCUUCGGCUCCCGCCGGCGCCCCCACGCCAGGCAGCUGGUGGGAGCAGCUGACCCAGGCCUCCCGGGUCUACGCCUCCGGGGGCGCCGAGGGCUUCCCCCUUCCCCGGUGGAGGUCGUGGGGUCCUCGGACGGCGGCUGGAGGCCCACGGGAGAGGCCCGUGCCCGCAGAGGACACCGCCCCGGGCCAAGGCGUGUGGCUGGGGAGGCUGUUUGGAGUGCCCGGGGGCCUCACGGAAACUGACGGAGGAACCGGGAAGUCCAGGAGACCAUCCAGCUGGCUGCCCCCGACAGUGAGUGUGUUGGCUCUGGUGAAGCGGGGGGCACCUACCGAGCCUCUCUUGCCUCCUGAGGAGCUUGAGGCCUCCGGUGCCGGCCUGGUGCAGACCCACAGGGCCGUCCGCGCGCUCUGCGACCACACCGCGGCAGGACCCGACCAGCUCAGCUUCAGGCGCGGGGAGGUGCUGCGAGUGGUCGCCACCGUGGACGAGGACUGGCUCCGCUGUGGGCGGGAUGGCGCGGAGGGGCUGGUGCCCGUGGGCUACACCUCUCUGGUCCUCUAGGCCGAGCCCCUGUCCCGUCCGUUCUCCCUCCUGCGCCCUGGGAAUGGAACGGCCCCGGGGCCACGGACCUGUGCACACCGAUGGCCGCAGAAGUGUCUGCCCCGCCGCAAAAUGACUCUUCCCCUUCCCCACGGCCAUGUCUGCGAAUGGGAAACCAACUUUCCUUUUUCCCUCUCGUGCCAUCUGUAAGGUGAAAUCUGCUCUUCUUCGAAAUGUGAAAAGGAGUCUCCCUCCAUCUCUCUCCUCUCCCCCCCUGCACAAGGAAACGUCUCCCUUCCCAUCUACACAGUGGAAACCGCUCCCCUCUGCCUCCUUCCUCUGUGACUGGACUGGGCCAGUGCGCCUCGGAUCCCGAGACUGGAAGGGCCUCGAGUGCCCUUCCUGCGUAUGGACCCCCCGACCCACGCGCCACCCACGUUGCCUGUAUUUAUUACGUACUCAAGCUGCGCUGGGUGCUCAAGUCCGGACCCCCCGGUGGGUGGGUCUGUGGUGUUGGUCUGCCCACCCCUUCCUUUGUCCCAAUAAAGCGUGGGA